GCAGAUUUUUGAAGCAAGGUGAGGCUGCGUUGCUCGGAAUUAUCAUGCUUUAUCUGAUCACGUAAACAACAGGAUGUUGUCACGCUCUGAUGCCAUCUGUAGUUACCUGCCAAUGACUAAGUGCACAAGAUGAGCAGUACAUUAAAUAUUUCUCAUUCACCUCAAACCGAAUGGCUUGAGAGAUUUCCUAUAAUUUAACAAAAUAUUUGUUUGGACGUCUAUAAUGGCAUUCGUUAAACACCUGGGUAACUUCCAAAUUUGGCCUAGUUAAAGUGACCAAAGCCAGCCAUCCAUAAGGGCCACUGUCACCUACCCAUCGUAUGAUAGGUUGCUAAGCUGUGAUGGCGUUUUCUUCUUAGCUCCUCCCAUGAGUGACAGGAUUAUAGGAAUAAGUAGAGCCUGAUUAGUUUUUUAGCUGCCUUGUGCAAAAUGUCUCUGGAGAAAAAACAAAACAAAACGCAUGGAUACUGACAUACUACUGUCCGAGUUAAGGAGACGAUGGUGCUCUCCUUGGUGCUUUUCUCCUCAGCUCAACUUGUUCAAUCUCAUGAGCAAUUGCUGCAGUUGGGUCUCCAAACUCCAGCAACCCCUGAGGAAGAUCACAGUGCUGGUGCUUGGCUUGGAAAAGGCUGGAAAAACAUCUUGUGUCAAAGGGAUGUUGAGAGUGCCCCCUGGAGAAGUGAGUCCCAUUCAUGGAUGUGUCCGCACUGAGCUAAGGGUGGAGAACUGCUUGGUUAACAUACUGGAUAUGGGUGGAGCUCCAGAGGUCCGGGGGUCCUGGAGAGAGCAUUAUGGUGAAGCUCACGGCAUCAUCUUUGUGAUGGACUCCAGCGAUAGACAACGACUGAAAGAAGUCAAAGAAGCUCUGGUGGACUUGCUGAAGCAUCCAAGAGCGGCAGGAAAACCUCUCCUAGUGUUGGCAAAUAAACAGGACAAAAUGAAUGCUCUACUGGGAAAUGAACUGAUAGAAAUCCUUGCCCUAGAGAAGCUGGUCAACCAGAGCCGAUCACUUUGUCACAUUGAGCCAUGUUCUGCCUCAAUAGACCUGCAUCGCUGGUCAGACAGAAAGACCCUGCGAGGUCUCCAGUGGCUACUGCAAGCCGUGUGCCUAGACUACCAUGACCUCUGUGCUCACGUGAUGAGAGAUGGGAGGCGACCAUUAGGGCCAGAAGAAAAAGACACGAGAGGAAAAAUAGAGAAGAGCCGGAGAAAACCUAAAGAGGAUAAAACACGGACAAGCAAAAUAGAUAUCCGUCAAGAACAGCAAACAGAAAAGGUGAAGAAAAACGGGACAUUGCAUCCAAUCAGAAAUAUUCUUAAUAAGGAAAACUCUUUUAAAAAGAAAUUAAGCAAAAAGGCGGCAGCGAAAGUUAAAAUUCAAAAGGCCAGUCCAAGCGGAGGAGUUGUGAAUGAAGAAGAGGUGCAAGAGAUAGAAGGGAAUGAAGCAGAACAAGACCACAACAACCAGAAGGAUAAAGCCAGCAGUGAAUUGUUGCCUCCUAAACGUGGAAAGCUGAAACGCAAAGCUAAAGUGAAAGAAGAGACUUUGGAUCUACCAGAAUCCCCCAACAAUGAGGUCCCUAAACCAUCUAGAGGAAAAGAGGAAAAAAGGAGAAGAAAGAAGACGGUAAAAACAAAACGAAAGAACAAGAUAAACACUGAGGAAGCUCCGACAGCUUACGCACAGCCAGUUGAUCUUUCAAACACUUUCGACCUUUACCGAAAAGCAAUUUUGGCCCUCAAAGCCCAACAGCAACAGGAUAUGGGGCACUGAGGAAAAAGGAUCAUGGACAGCCUGUGCCAUUGCAUAGAAUGAAGAUGGAUGGCUUGCAAACAUGCUGAACAACUUAUCAUUGUUUUUACCCAUUGGGUCAUGUGCUCAGCCCAUUUGGAAAAUAGAGUUAUUGUUAAUGGUUAGAAUUCCAGGGUCAUUAAUACUUUUGUAAUACAUGAGAUUUUUUUUAUUUAUUAUUAUUUUAAUUUUUUUGGGAAGCAUUUUUAUUUUAUUUUUAUUAUUGUAUUAAGAAAUCGUUCUGGUUGUUGACAUCCAUAAAAAUAAUAAUAAUAAUAAUAAUAAUAAUAAUUAUAUAUAUAUAUAUAAUAAAAAAACUGUAUAGUCUAGCUAUGAUAAUAUGGAGCUUUUUAUUUAUAUCACUGUGUUCAUUUAUUUAAAACUGGUAGAUUAUAUGCUCCAUAUGAUUUAUGGAGGACUUUUGGACUUUCAAGUUUUUGCAUAUGUCAUAGUAUUUUGUGAAUCUGAUAAACCAAAUGGUUUACUAGAUUAUACAUUUCAAUGACUCCAUAAAAAUUGUGUUUACAAAUUGUUAACAAACAGGGGUUUAACUAAGAUAUUGCCUAUCUUGUAUAUAUACUUAUAUAAACUUAAUUUUAACUCAAUUUGUAACCAAUUUAUACUUUUAUAGGUAUGUAAUGGUUUUAUAUAAUUAUAAUAAUUCCUUACAUUUAUAUAGCAAUUUUCUAUGCACUCAAAGCGCUUUACAUAGUAUAGGGGGAAUCUCCUCAACCACCACCAUUGUGCAGCAUCCACCUGGAUGGUGUGACGGCAGCCAUAGUUCACCAGAACGCCCACCACACACUAGCUAUUGGUGGAGAGGAGAGUAGAGUGAUGUAGCCAAUUCAGGGAUGGGGAUUAUUAGGAGGCCAUGAUAGAUAAGGGCCAAAUUUGGCCAGGACACCAGGGUUAUACCCCUAUUGUUUACGAAAAAUGCCCUGGGAUUUUUAAUGACCACAGAAAGUCAGGACCUCGGUUUAACGUCUCAUCCGAAAGACGGUGCUUUUUUACAGUGCAGUGUCCCCGUCAAUUUACUGGGGCAUUAGGGGACACACAGACUGCAGGGUGAGGAAAAUGCAUGAUGGGAUACUUAUUUCAGUGCACAAUCACAAAUAAUAUUUCCUGAAAUAUAUAUAUAUAUAUA